AUGGUGGAAAAUAUUAGAAAAUGGCAAAUCAAAGAAACGUGGAAUUCUUUGUUCAAUGUGCCUGUAGAUAGGAUAAAUUUCAACGGGCCCCCAGGAACAACUAACGCAUGGUAUCAGCCUCAACUCAACUCCAUCACCUUGCCUGCUGCAAUUCUUCACAGCCCAUUCUACAAUCCAUCCUGGCCUGCAGCUGUCAACUUCGGAGGGCUGGGGGUUAUUGUGGGACACGAGCUUACCCAUGGAUUUGACGAUGAAGGUGUCCAAUGGGAUGGAACUGGCCUAUUGGCGGGGUGGAUGGACGACUCCUCCAUAACCGGUUUUCGCGAAAUGGCCGAUUGCGUGGUAGAUCAAUUCAAUCAUUUUUGUCCUAUAAAUGAGACAAUCUUUGGUCGUGAAGUAUGUGUAGAUGGAGCAAUGACGCAGGGUGAAAACAUCGCAGACGGUGGAGGCAUCCAGUCAUCAUAUCGUGCUUUCCGUAAUUUUGUCAAUUUGAAUGGUCCGGAUCCACAACUUCCUGAUGAUGAGCUGCAAGAGCAAGUCAAUAAUAAGUUGAAUAUGCUUCGAGAGGUAUGGUGUCGAAAACCGCUUGCACCAUCCAACUUGUUGAAUCAACUUUUAACGGACGUGCAUUCUCCAGCAGAAUAUCGCGUCUUCGGUACUAUGCAG